AUCGGAAGUAGAAGUCUAUAAAUAGCCAUCAUUUCUUACUGUAAAUCACAGUUUCGUCGAAUGAAACUCAGACAAACAACAGGAAAGAUGAAAACAACACUUUUGAUUCUUCUCAUGCUGGGACUUGGCAUCAAUGCAAAUUCCCUGGAGGAAAGUAAAGGAUGGCACUACGACCAACAAGACGCUGGUAAGGGAUGGCACUACGACCAACAAGACGCUGGUAAGGGAUGGCACUACGAUCAACAAGACGCUGGUAAGGGAUGGCACUACGACCAACAAGACGCUGGUAAGGGAUGGCACUACGACCAACAAGACGCUGGUAAGGGAUGGCAUUACGACCAACAAGACGCUGGUAAGGGAUGGCACUACGACCAACAAGACGCUGGUAAGGGAUGGCACUACGAUCAACAAGACGCUGGUAAGGGGUGGCACUACGACCAACAAGACGCUGGUAAGGGAUGGCACUACGACCAACAAGACGCUGGUAAGGGAUGGCACUACGAUCAACAAGACGCUGGUAAGGGAUGGCACUACGACCAACAAGACGCUGGUAAGGGAUGGCACUACGACCAACAAGACGCUGGUAAGGGAUGGCAUUACGACCAACAAGACGCUGGUAAGGGAUGGCACUACGACCAACAAGACGCUGGUAAGGGAUGGCACUACGAUCAACAAGACGCUGGUAAGGGGUGGCACUACGACCAACAAGACGCUGGUAAGGGAUGGCAUUACGACCAACAAGACGCUGGUAAGGGAUGGCACUACGACCAACAAGACGCUGGUAAGGGAUGGCACUACGACCAACAAGAGAAUGAAAACGAUCAAUGAAAAAGUUUUAAACAGAUACGCGACUUGAAGACGGACGGACCCGGCAGAACAUAGAUAUUUCUCGUUUUCUUAGAUUAAAGGCUAGCCUUAUUAUUCGGAAUAUAAUACUACACUGCAUUCAA